CCUAACCGCUGGUUGCCAGUCACCGUCAAACGGAAGAAGGAAGAAGGAAGAAGAAUGGAGCCGAGCGAAGCCCAUACGAAGGCUGAAACUCGCAAAGUCUUCAGGUUCGAAGAAAACGGCUCGUCUCUCUGCGUGUCGAUCCCCGAGGUUUUGGACCCUCAGUAUGGCAUGUAUGUGUGGCCCUGUGCUGUGGUUCUGGCUCAAUAUUUGUGGACCCACAGAGAAGAGCUGAAAGGCAAAACAGUCCUGGAGCUCGGAGCAGGUGUAAGUCUGCCAGGUGUUGUGGCUGCAAAGUGUGGUGCAAAGGUCAUCCUGUCAGACAACGCCAACACGCCACGUUGUCUGGAUAACUGCAGGCGGAGCUGCAAAGCCAAUGGCCUGAAUGAUGUGCUCGUACUCGGACUCACUUGGGGAGAGAUCUCACCUGACCUGGUUCUCCUGCCUAAACUGGAUUUCAUCUUGGGAUCAGAUGUUUUCUACGAGCCUGCAGAUUUUGAGGAUGUCCUCGUGACCGUUGCUUUCCUUUUGAGAAAGAACCCCACUGCCCAGUUUUGGACAACAUACCAAGAAAGAAGUGCUGACUGGUCGAUUGAAGCGUUGCUGCGCAGAUGGAAGCUCGAGUGCAUCGAUGUUCAGCUGGAAAGUUUUAAUGCUCAUAAAUGUGACCUCGCUGGAUCGGAUUUGCCGGGACGUCACAUUGUGCAAAUGAUGAUCAUCACACUACCACCAAAAUGAAGACUCACAGACUUGACCGCCGUCACAGAAAGAGCUCAAACUGGCACAGAAAACUAGAACAGCACGCAUGCUCUGCUAACAGAGUAAAAGCUACUUUCACCAGUUGACAUAGGAACUGUCACAGGACUUCUGCCCUCAGCUGGCUGGUGGAGGUAAUUACAAGGUGUGAAAAUAGAGAUGAGCAACUGUAUCUCAAGACCACAUCGAGAGAAAUGAGAGCCCCCCCCCCCCCCCCCCCCCAAAAAAAAACACAUUUUU